CAUCCACCCCUGCGACGACGACAAUAGCAUUGCGCAGGCCCUGCGCAGCUGCAUGAAUUUUAUCUGAUAUAACGAGCUAAAAUCACCUCACAACGACCUUACUCGCUACUUUCUGCCACUCGGUUAAUGGUCAACUUCAAUGUUGUUCAUGUCACUCGGGAUGAAGACCCAGUGCCUGCCCAUCACGCAAGUCCUGUGGUCGCCUUUAUCAUUGGCCUGGCCAUCAUUCUACUCUCCUCUAUCAUGAAUGCAGCAGGCCUGAAUCUCACUAAGCUGGACCAUGUUCGGACUAGCGCAAUACCCAAGUCUGCCCGGAGGAGAGAUUGGUUGAGACCCCUAUGGCUACUCGGAAUGAUACUUUAUAUCUUGUCGCAGUUAAUCGGGAGUACCCUCGCCCUAGACUAUAUGCGAGCAGAAUAUGUUGCUCCCCUUGGAUCUACUUCCCUUAUCUUCAACUUUCUGUUCGCAAGGUUCCUUGUAGGCACACCUGUUACAAACACCGACAUCUAUGGCACCGUCAUUGUAGUCCUUGGUGUCAUAGGUAUCGUGGCCUUUGGUACUAUCAACAGUGGGCUUUCAGCAGAAUCGGAUGUCAACCAUCUCACCUACCUCUGGCGCCGAGGCGGCUGGCUUGGCUUCUUCUUUGCCAUGUCAAUUGCCCUCAUCUUGGUUCUCAUUUUUACGUACUCCCUUGAUGCUGUCCUUGCAGCAAGGUCGGACAUUGAAGCAGAGCCUUUCGCAGGCAUGAGCACCAGAAGGCCGCCAUCAAACGCUACUACCUACGUCGGUAGAGCCAAGGCCUAUUGGGAUAGUUUUAUGUUAUGGGUGAAGCAGUACCUUGAAAAUUGGACUGGUCCGAAGGACGACAAGCAGAUUGCAUGGACCCUUGGUAUUGGGUGGGCAUGCUGCGGCGGAGGCCUCGCUGGCGGCUGCCUUGUUUUUGCCAAAGCAACUGUCUCGCUUCUCAGCGGCAGCCUCUCCCACGAGAACCCAGGAAACCAAUUUGGCCAUGCAGCGCCUAUCUUCACAAUCAUCUUGCUCGCUGUGACUGCAGUCCUUCAAAUAAUCUGCCUUAACCGUGGCCUGAAGGUUUAUGACUCAACUUUGGUUGUGCCUGUAUUUUAUGGGGUAUACACUGCGUCUGGCUUCCUGAACUCAAUGGUGUUCAACGACCAGAUCGACGCUUACAAGCCUUGGGUUCUAUUCUUGAUCUUCGUCUCUAUCGCCAUCCUAAUCUCCGGGGUUGUUCUCCUCACUCACAAGAAACCAGAGCCUGCGAAGGCCGGUCCCAAGGAGCCCAGCCCCGCCGCCCUGACUUCCAAGAAGAGAGAUGUCAUUCAAAGGUCGACUGAUGACGACGAGGACCAUGGGGAACAGCAUGCUCUAACAAGCCGAGAUGGCGAAGAAGGAACUGAAGUUUGGCAGCUUGGGGAUGCAAGCGAGGACGAGGACGAGAAUAAUGCUAUGAGAUCUAGGCUUCCACGCACAUCUGCUCCUAACGAAGGUGCUACGUCCUCGACUGAAGGCUCUCGUUUGUUACACGAUGAGUAUGAGGCUACCAAUCGGAGGGAAUCCACAUCCUCUGAUGACAUGAAAGUAACACAGGACCCAUUCAAAGACGAUGAAGGAGAGGAGUUCGGUGAAUGGAAUUCUAGUAACCGUCAGCCUCGAGACCUACACUAGUGUGUCGAAAUUGCACUGUUGACUUGGGAUAUACCACAACUUUACGACAGGAUUAACCCGCAAUGGAUAUAAUGUAUACUUACCUCAAUAUAGCC